UGUGAAUAUCAGUCCACUCAGCCCACAAAACAGCAGCAGAAUGGAGAGGAUCUUAUUGGCUGUGUUAUGUCUCUCAGUCUGGAGCAUCUCCACAUGCCUCCUCCAUCAGUACCACUAUGUCCAUGAAUUAAAGACUUGGACUGAAGCUCAGUCCUACUGCAGAAGACAUUACACAGACCUGGCCACUAUUGAAAACUCCUCAGAGGUGGACCAGCUGAUCAACGCAGUGUCUGAUAAAAGUGUGUCUGAGGUGUGGAUUGGUCUGUUCAGUGAAGUGGACUGGAGGUGGUCCGAUGGAUACACAGGCAAUGAAUCUGGAUACAGACGCUGGUGUGCAGGUUGGUCUGAACCAAAUUUUUGGGCAGCUGAUCAAUUCUGUGUAUUCUAUUGUUCAUCUGGAUGGUGGGAUUAUGGCUGUGAAGAAGGACUUCCAUUUAUCUGUUUCUCAGGAACACAGUUUGUUUAUAUUAAUCAAAGUCUGAGUUGGACCGCUGCUCAGAGCUACUGCAGGUCCAACUACGUGGACCUGGCCACCGUGAAGAACCCCAGUGACGACCAGAUGAUCCAGAAUGUUACGCCAUCUGACAGCUCAGCUUGGAUUGGUUUAUUCAGAAAUCCAAACUUCAACUGGCCUGAUGGGAGCAGCUUCUCAUUCACCUACUGGUAUGAUGAUUUCAAUCCUCUUAACUCAUUGAAGAUCAUAUGUGGUGUUGCAUAUUUGAAGAAUUCAGGAAAAUGGAGGUUUGUACCCUGUGACAACAGAAGACCAUUUGUCUGCCAUGGCACCCCCUCUGUUGUGAAGAAGCAGACAGUGAAGCUGAGGAUGAAGGUGGAGGACUCCUCUGUGGACCUGAAUGAUCCUGUUAUCAGAGCAGACAUCCUGAAAAAGCUGCAGGAAAAACUGAAUAUGACUGGAGUGACUCUGAAGUGGGGAGAACAGCCUGAUGGGAAAGUUUUCCACAAGAUGAAGGAACAUCGCCAGAAAAAAAACAAAAAGAAAACUGAGCUCUGAACCUGAACUUCCACUGUUUUUCAUUAGAAUGCUGUGCAGAGUAACACCCCGUCUCUGAAACCUUUCACAUCAGCUGAAUCUCAGUGGGUGAAACAGGAACAUUAAAGGAUUUGGCAUUAUAACAUUAUUUUUUUCCAGCCUUUCAUUGCUGUUAUUAACCAUCAAAAUGCAGUUUACUGAAACAUCAUAGACAUUUCCUUGUCACAAAAUGUAGUUCAAUGUAAUAAACAUAAAAAAAAAUACACCAAUGAACAUAAGAACAGUGCUUGGACACAGUUGAACAGAUUGAUUUUGACAGUUUGUGGCUUGGUGAAGGUUUACUAAAAUAAGACGUUUCAGUUUUGACAGAUUUUCCUGUAUGUACCUUCACUGAUUAGAUUGGUUAACUUUAGGCAUGAGGACUGAUGAGCCAAUCAGGGGCAGAGUAGGGCGGGUCAUGCCAAGGAAGAUAUCGCUGAUUUAGUGCCAGAGCCAGGGCUCUGCUUAGCGUUGGCUGCCUCUGGAAUCUGAUUGGACACCACGGGUGCCAGUGCCACCCCAGUUGAUUGACAGGUCACUACAUGUCUCAUUGAAAGACGUGCAAUUAUUGGAAAUGUGAACAAGAAAGGCAGAAUAAACAUAUUUCAAAUGAGUGACACAUCUCAAGAGAACCUACUUUAAUGAAAUACAUAAUUCUGUUGUAAGUUUUAGGGGCGUUUCAGAAUGAGUCACUGUUUUAAACUAUUGGUCAUAUGACUGCACAUCUAGAGGAGAGAUGUUGUCACCAAUAGUUAAACUAUGCAAGUAGGCUAACGUUAUGAAAGGC